AUGAAUCUUGCUCGACUUGUGGACAAAUUCAAAGCGGAAAACAUCGACUUAAACUUGUUUUUCGAUCUCACUGAUAAGGAUUUCGAGGAAAUGGGUAUAGCGUACGGACCAAAAAAGCGCAUGCUGACUGUAAUUGACCGAUACCGGAAAACUGGACAGAUCUCAUGCGAACCGUUAGAAGUUGAAGUGGUCCCACCACCACCGCCAUAUACGACGGCCGAAGAUGGCAACCAGAAGGAGAUGAUCGUUUCUAUGAGAUAUAUUCGUCAAAUGAACGACAUGACGAAGCAGUUGGCCAUGGAAGCACUGGAGGUGGCUCGGCGAUCCAACAACGGCGAUGCGCUCCGCCCACUAAUCAUUGGCAUAAUCGACAGUGUGGAAAACAUUACGACACGAAUUGCUCGUCAUCAGUUGUGA